GCAGCCACCAUAUCCAAUGGCCCCGCCUUUCACGGCACAAACGAUGCCUUUGGGAUUUGUCCUCGCUGGACCAAUGAGCGAACGAGGAUGACAUACGGGACGGGAGAGGUGAGGUUAUAAGAGUCGAAUUGGAGGGGAGCAGACAGGAAGAAGGGGGACGAGGGGGACGAGAGGAACGGAGAGAAGCGAGGGGUUCCCUGGAUCGUGUGGGAGCAGGGAGGCAGACAACGAAUGUGACUACGAAUGCUUACGAAAGCUCGCGACGUCAACGUAUACCAAAAUUUUGUUUAAAAUACGUCCAGUGUUUUUUCUUAAAGACUUACGAAAGUCAAAAGUGCACAAUAGAAAGUUCGACCAAGCUCGCAUGGUGGAAUCGGUGCGGUGAGUGUUCAGACGGCGUGUUCGAAAACGUGAUAGGUGUGACUGCGCAGUCGCCAUGUGCAACAAGUUGAAAAGAUUAAAAGUAAUAAUUUACUAAAAAAAAAUAUGUAAACACAAUGGCAAGAAAAAAAGACAUUAAAUUGCCGAAAAUUUAAUAACAAAGAGAACACUUCUUUUUGUAAAGGAAGUUUAAUUCUGCAUAAUAAAAAGUUGUGGGAAAACAUGACAGAUGUUAAACCAAUUGGAAUCUCACAAAAUCAACCACAACAAACGCAACAGCCACAACAACAGUCUCAACAGCAGCAACAAUCUCAACAACAGCAACAGCCUCAGCAGCAGCAACAAAUGAUGAUUGCAACCCAUGAUAUCCAACAACAGCAAAAUGUACAGCAACAACAGCAGCAUGUUCAACAGCAGUCAGCUCAACAAUCACAACAACAACAAGCACAACAACAAGUACAGUCUCAACAAGUUCAACCCCAACAACAACUUCAACAACAAGUGCAGUCGCAACAACAAAUGCAAGUACAGCAACAGGUACAACAACAGGUUCAACAACAAGUGCAACAACAAGUGCAACAAGUUCAACAACAAGUGCAACAACAAGUUCAACAGCAGCAACAGCAGCAACAGUCUCAACAGCAGCAAUCUAAUAAUGGACCACACAAUGUUGUUCCUACCCAAGUGCAAGUACAGCCACAGGUAGCAGCAAUCAUGCCUCAGCAGCAGGGUGCUGUUGCAGUAUCGAUGCAACAUCAACAACAAGGCGUAGGAGGUGUAUCUAUGACUCUGUCUGGCCAACAAGGAGCAACAACGAUAACCACUAUGGCUGCACAUCCACAAGCAGUACAAGUUAUUCAGCAACCCAUGCAAAACCAAGCAUAUCAUUUACAGCAACUGUACAAUACUCAAGGAACUCCAUUACUCAUGCCAGGAAACUUAGCUCUUCAUCCUGCAGGGAUUAAUCCUUCUUCUAUACAGGUCAUAACGGCUGGAAAGCCGUUUCAGUCAGCUGCUCAACUUACACCUCACAUGUUGACUACUGCGUCAUCGCCCGGUCAGGGUGGAGGUCAUCCUGGAGGUGGAGGUACUAAGGUACAAGGAUUUCCUACUGGUUACUUACCAGUACCUACUUCUGCUACACCUGGAGCAGGACAAACCUUAGUGUUCGGUCAACUCGGUGUACUGGGUUCUCCUCAACCACCUCAAUCCAUUCAACAACAGCAGCAACAGCAAUCUGCAGCCAAGCAAGAUCAAGUGCAGAAGUAUACCACAUGCACGGCAGCUACGCAACCCGGCGGAAGGGGUGGUAUGCAAUUUGCCCCAUGGCAGUUUACGCCACAAGUUGCUUGGACAGGGAUACAACCACCAGCACUUCUUACUAAUCAAAUAUUUAUUAGAGGCCCUACUCAACCUGAUAUGUUCAUACAAAGUCCACAGCCGAUACAGCAUAAUGCACUGGCUACACAACAACAAAUUCAGGGGGUGCAGCAAAUUGCUGCAGCCAGUGCUAAGCCAAAGGUAAUGGAUAUGCAACAACAGCAACAACAACAGGGUAAACAGAGCACAGGUGGACAACGACCGUUGAGUAUAUUACCGUCCUCUCUACAAGCAGUACAAGCAGCCAAUAUACGAGCUGCCAGUUCCGUUUCUACUCAAACUGUUCAUGGAGUUCAAGCUACGGUCUAUGCACAGAGUGGAAAAGGAAGCGGUAGUAGCGGUAAAGGUCGUGGUAAACCACUGCAAUCGCCGCAACAACCGCAGCAACAGUCACAGCAAACGAUGCAACAACAACAUCAACAGGUUUUUAUACAACAGAAACAGCACACGCAACAGCAACAGCAGAUGCAACAGCAGUAUCAACAGCAACAAGUACAACCUUCGCAACAGCAAAUACAGCCUAAACCAAUAAUGACAAACAUGACACUACAGCAUCAACAACAAUCUGGUGUAGUUCUCGGUGGAGAACGACCAAUCAUGCCUGUGGUAUCUGUAGGUGGAGUUGGGGUCGGAGUCGGAGUUGCUACCACAUCUCAAAUGAAUCAAGUACAACAGUCACCGAUGUCUACAGUACAACAAUUACCACUACAGGCAAUCAAUUCGACGAUACUUGGUAGCCAAAUUGUUAGUGGUACGUCACAGGUUCAAACAAUGUCCAUGGUAAAUCAGUUGACGGAUCAGCAGACGCACGAUAAUGGUAAUUCCACGAUAAUGAUCACGUCGCCCGAUCGUAAUCAUCAAGCAGAAUGUUCCUUAAUAUUACAAUCCACGACAAAUACUGCAAUUACAAAUGAUGAAAAUUCUAAGCCACUUUUGAAGAAGGAAGACACGAUGCCACUUACGAUAGAGGAAGUUGUGGUAUCUCAACAAGAAGCGACAGAUGGGGACCAAUGUAAAAUAGUUGUAAAAGAUGAUGAAACUUUACCUGCGAAGCCGGAAGAGAAACAGUGCAACAACCCAUUAGCAGGGCUGGCGAAUACAAUUAAUUCUAUAACAAACGGUGUUAGCAAUGAAGAAUCUGCAGUAAUACCCGUCUCUAUACAAGUUACUGCAAAUAGUAAACAUGUGCCUCCAAAAGCAAUGGUGAAACCACAAGUUCUUACGCAUGUGAUAGAAGGCUUUGUGAUACAAGAAGCAUCGGAACCAUUUGCUGUUAAUCGAACAUCAUUAAAUAAUACAGUUAGUCAAGAAACUAGUAAUAUUUUGAAUCGUAAUAAUCACAAUGGAUCGUCUGAAAAAGAGAAUCACGAUGAACCUCCAAGGAAAAAGCAUGCGCCGAAUUAUCCUAGUGAUGAGGAUGGAAACAAUACUCAAGUCGGAAAGUGCGAAACUUGCGGUAACUUAAUGGACGAACAGAAUAUUAAGUUUAAAAAGGAAAAGCGAUUCUGUUCUACUGGUUGCGCGAAGAGCAAAAAACGUGAAGUGAGAGAUCGUGAUGGAAAUGAGAAACAGUGGACUGAAAUGGAGACUGAUUCAAAGAACGUUGAUGGAGAUAUAGUGAAGAAGAAUGGAGAAGAAAAGUCAUUGUCUACUACAACUACCACGUCUUCUGUUGACGAGACACUGCCAAAAAUUAAUCCUGUUAAGUGGACGGUUGGAGAAGUAUGCGAUUUCAUUCGUGGUUUGCCCGGUUGUGCAGACUACGCAGAAGAUUUUGCUAUUCAAGAAAUAGACGGUCAGGCGCUUAUGUUACUCAAAGAAGAUCAUCUUAUGUCUGCUAUGAGUAUUAAAUUGGGUCCGGCAUUAAAAAUUGUUGCCAGAAUUGACUCAAUGCGCGUAGAAUCACUGUCGAAUUCUAAUCCCACUUCUACUAAUUCGUAAAC